GCGCACUCCUUUCCACGAUCGCUACGAUGAGCUGCGAGCAGUGCACGCAAGGCUACGUUGUCGCGGGCGAGCCCACGGGAACCAUGGUCGACGGGGCCUACUUCCGCGCAGGUCCUGAAGGCUCCGACGCGUCGAAAGCCGUUGUCAUCGUCACGGAUAUUUACGGCUUGCCGCUGAAAAACUGCAAGAUCAUUGCGGACGAGCUGUCGAAGAGGGUUGGGUGUGAUGUCUGGGUCCCAGACUUGUUCGCCGGCAACCCACCCCUCAGCGUCGAACAACUCGGGCCUCUCACUCCUGAUCGCCCGGGGCAGAAGAUGGGAUUGGGAGCCAAAUUGCGGUUCUUCCUCAUCCUACUCACUCACGGAUAUAAACUAUUUGGCAUUCGGGCGUCCGUUGUCGACCCUCGCGCCGCGGAGUUUGUGACGAAGAUUAAGAAGGAGAAAGGGUAUCAGAAGGUCGGCGCGGCCGGAUACUGCUUUGGAGGCUCUAUGACAGUCCGCCUGGGCUCGACAGAUCUCUUCAGCUCUGUUGUCAUCCUGCACCCGGGGGCUGUCACUGCCGAGCAGAUGAAGGCAAUCAAGACGCCUGCCUCCUGGGCAUGUGCUGAAGAUGAUAUGACCUUCACGAAGUCUCUGCGCGACCAGGCGGAGGCUAUCUUUGCCGCUCGGAAGGACAAGCCGGACUAUAUCGAUUACGAAUUCAAGGACUACAAAGGCACAUGUCAUGGCUUUGCUGCCCGCCCUAACCUUGCAAUCCCAGAAAUUGUGGAAGCAUACAAUGGAGCGCUUGAGCAGGUGGCCGUAUGGUUUCAGAAGACUUUGCAGUGAUGACGCUCUCAGGAUCUCAGGUCUUGCCUGAGAGCUAUAUCCCUAGUUUUCCUUUACUGCCUCCGACAUUCUCCUUGCUCUGUUGCGUGUGCUGGUAUACCCUUAGUGUAAUGUAUCUGUGGCGAACUUAGGGCCUUUCUGGGUCCAAUUUCAUUCGAUGUGGCAUCACUGCAUAAUUAAAGCAACGUCAUACAGC